UCCACUGUGUCUUCCAGUGAUACCCGUUAUUUUAGCGUAUCAGGACCAACUUCACCUUCACCUUCUUUAUCGAACUGGAGUGGCUUACCCUCACCUUUAGUCACCACACCUAAUCGAAUGGAUAGAUUUAAUACCUUAUCACCUGUUCAAAGUCAAUUUCCCAACGAACCAUAUUACUCGAUUGUUGAACCACAGGGCUGUUUCGUACCAACUAAACCACUACCUUUUAUUCAAAAGAAUGAUGUGACCCGACAUCAUUAUAUCGUCCCUUCUUUUGCUGCGGUAGGAGAAAGUCAAGCUAAAGUCAUGAAGUUGAUCUUUAAUUAUACCGACAGCACAUCCUUCAAGCCUAAAGAAGAAUACGAACGAACAAUACCAUGGCAUAUCGAUGGUAACUCGUCCUUGGUCACCUUAUCUCAGCAUACCAGUGCGGGACGAGAGAACCCUGUAACCCGCAAUUACCUAUUGGGCUUAGGCCAAAGAUUAGGCAUCACAACAAUUAUAGUCAUUGUUUCUAUCGAAGUCAUUAAUACCAUCUACCCAUUAUUGGAUAAUCUAGUCAAGUCAAUGGAAGUCUGUAACACAAGCAAUUUAAUAGAGCAAGAUCAGGCUACCUGGUGGAGCCGGGUUGUCAUCAUCGUCAAUCAACAGCAUGGUGUCACGGAUCAAGCUGCUUAUAACCAGCGCAAGGAAAUACUGACAGUUGAAAUGCCUCGUAUCCAAGAGCGUUAUCGUCUUUCACAUCCACUUUCUGUAUUAUUUUUAAGCACACUUGUGUACGACAAUAUAAAAAACCCUAGUCAAGCUUUUCAUUACAAGUCAUGCUGCCAGCGCAUCUUAUGGCAGAUGAUGGAAAAACACAUGCUAAGCGGUCGUUGGUGUAGCGAACUGAUCAGUCUACAAAACAGAGUUGAUACAAAUUUAAAUGGUGGCAGCUUACUAAACGUCCUGAACGAGGAUGAUGAAUCGAGUUCCAGUAGUGAUGAUGCAUUAUUUAAAACUGUCAUUGAUUAUGUCGACGGUAAAAAGAAAAAGCCUGUCAAAAGAAAGAACACGCCAGCACCCGCAUUACCACCUAUUCCUGCAGAACAUGCUGCUCCACCGUCCACACUUCAGAGAAGAGCGACAAGACGGCAAAUACAAAUACAGACACAGAAACUUCAUUCGCAUGAUGGAGAUGAUGGUACCACACUUCCAGUCUCUGAUAGACGUUCCUAGAUCGUUAUACAUUUGUAUUUACAUGUUACAUUAUUUAUACCUUUUUUUUUCUAAUAUAUAUAUAUAUACCUAAAAUAAAUAGAAACACAUUCAGUGUUUAUUUUUUUUUCUACUCUCUACUAUAUUAAGCUAGUGUCAGAACCCCUAUAAUGUCAUUUUUUUGUUUCCAAACGGUGUCUAUGCCUUGUAUAAUUAUGUAACACAUCUGAUAGAAACACCAGGUCUUUUAAUAUCGUACCAAGAAAAGCCCUGAGUAUUAUUGAGGGGAUCUGAUUAGGUAAUUUUUCUGCACACCUUCAUUCCUGAAAUAGAUUACACAAAUCCGGAUUCUAAUUAUACUUGCACACUCAUAAUUCCAUCAUGUGGGGCGUGCUAAGGUAGAAAAGACACUAUAACAAAAUAGAAACAGGUUGUAACAGAAAUAAAAUAUACUUAUUAAAAAAAAAUGAUGACGAAGGAUUUUUUACGAGACUUUAAAG